UUCUCCAGUGUCACUCAGUGAAGGGAGGAGCUGACAACAUACAAAAAUGCAGCAUUUUCAACAGCCUUAAAACAAUGAUCGGGUAAAUCGUGAUCUAUAUUAAAAUACCAACCUCCCCUUUUAGUGUUAUCAAUGCAUUAUAUGAUCAUAUCGGCCGAACAAACGUGAGGAGCACCAAUGUCGCCAAAUAUAAUGGGAUCUUUGUGUUAGGAUGAGAAGUCCAGUGCCACGCUUCAGGGACGUCGAAAGGCAGGCCAGUGGCUUGCAGCCCACGCAGUGUCUUCCUCCCUGUCAUGAGCGACCGAACAACAUGUGGUUCAUCCGAGAUGCCUGUGGCAUCAUUUGUGCAAUCAUCACCUGGCUUCUCGUCGUCUUUGCAGAGUUUGUCGUACUGUUUGUCAUGCUGAUCCCAUCAAAGAACUUGACCUACAGCCUGGUGAAUGGCACCCUAUUUAAUAGCCUGGCCUUCCUCGCCUUGGCAUCUCAUUUCAGGGCCAUGUGCACCGACCCAGGGGCUGUGCCAAAGGGAAAUGCCACUAAAGAGUACAUCGAGAGCUUGCAGCUGAAGCCAGGCCAGGUGGUUUACAAAUGUCCCAAGUGCUGCAGUAUUAAGCCAGAUAGAGCUCACCACUGCAGUGUCUGUAAGCGCUGUAUACGGAAGAUGGACCAUCAUUGCCCUUGGGUAAACAAUUGUGUCGGGGAAAAUAACCAGAAGUACUUUGUGCUUUUCACAAUGUACAUUUGUCUGAUCUCUCUGCAUUCCUUGGUCAUGGUGGUCUUUCAUUUUCUAAACUGCUUUGAAGAUGACUGGGCAAAGUGCAGUACCUUUUCCCCUCCAGCCACUGUCAUCCUCCUCAUCCUCCUGUGCUUUGAGGGCCUCCUCUUCCUCAUCUUCACCUCUGUGAUGUUUGGCACCCAAGUCCACUCUAUCUGCACAGAUGAAACGGGCAUAGAGCAGUUGAAAAAGGAAGAGAGAAGAUGGGCUAAAAAAACAAAAUGGAUGAACAUGAAGGCGGUAUUCGGACACCCCUUCUCAAUAGCAUGGUUUAGCCCGUUUUCCACACCCGACCACGGGAAAGCUGACCUCUACCAGUAUGUGGUCUGAGCUCAGGAAGCUUUAAACUAGAGACUGCACACUUGGACUGCCCUUAUAAACUUACGCAUCAGCGUCUUUUAAUUUGUUUGUAUUAUAAACCUUGAGACUCUACUCACCAGUGAGGCUAAAUCAUCUUUAUCUUUAUCGUUUUUUAGGAGGAACAAAUCAUUGCUCAUUCAAUUACCCUGGCCUCCAUUUAUUUUCAUUAAACAGAAAAUGGAAGCUGUACAUUUAUCAUGUCUUAAUCAGAAGAAUCUCUGCCCAGCUAUACUAAAAUGAAGAUGAAUGAUGCAGAGAUAAUAGAAGCCAAUGUAUGCUAAUAUAAUCACUACUGUAACCUCUUUAGACUGUUACCAGACUUUUCAGUUAUGACCUUCUUGCUGAAAGUAAUUUUAAACUUUCUUUUAAUUCUUCUGAUCUAUCUAUAACAUCUUUUCCUGAUUAAAAAGAGCACUGACAACCAUUCACAAAAAAGGUAUAUAACACUUACAGUUACAAGAGAUGUUUAACAUGGAUCAGUUCAGUUUGGCUCUAUGCAGAAUAGUAAAGAAAAAACAUUAAAGCAAACUUAAUUAGGGGUGUAAAUAUUUGCUCUGACAACAGUUGGAUUUAAUUACGAUUCAUAAUACCAUCUGAUGUGAUGCAUCAUGAAAUCUGAAAUUUGUUGGCAAUGAAGGUUUAAUUUGAUUAAAUUAUUUUCUACAGUUCAUUACUACUAUCAAAAAUAUGAUGAAGACAUGAAUGUAACUGGAGGGAUUUACAUCGUAGUCACAUAUUGACAAAAUACAUACAGUUGUUACAUUAAUUGUGACACUAAUUGUAUUUUGGAGUAGAAAUAAAUAAUUAGAAAUAAAUGCAUGUAUCAGAUAUUAUUAUUGUCAUGAUAAUCCAUUAUUAAAGUCCACAAUCGAUACAUUAACAUUAUCAGAUCAAUUUCACACCCCUAAAACUUAACUGUGACAAUAAUGCCAUUGAAAUAGUAAUUGUCUUCGGAAUUAAAAAAAAAUGUGCUUUGAGGUAUUAUGGGCAACUGUACAUAUUAUUUUAUGGGUAACACUUUACAGUAAGGUUCCAUUUGUUAACAUUAGUUAAAAACAUGAACUAGCAAUGAAAAAUACUUUUACAGCAUUUAUUAAUUGGUUAAUGUUAAUUUCAUCAUAUAGUACUACAUUUUUAAAAUCAAAAGUUGUAUAUUUUAACAUUAGUUAAUGCACUAUGAACUAACAUGAACUAACAAUGAGUGUAUGUAUACUAAUUGACAUUAACAAAGAUUAAUAAAUGCUGUAAAAAAAUACGUUGUUCAUUGUUAGUUCAUGAUACUUAAAGCAUUAACUAAUGCUAAUGAAUGGAACCUUAUUGUAAAGCGUUGCCAUUUUAUGUGAAAAUAGCUUCUAUUACCAAUUAAAAGCUAUUAAGUAAUUUUUAUUUACCGAUCUAAUUGGUAACUUCUGUUACCUAUUACAGAAAAAAAAAAAGAUGCUUUGGUUUGAAGAAAUGCUGGAGAAGAAAAAGCCUUUUUUUUUUUUUUUACAUUUUGACCUCUAUUAACUACAUAUAUGAACAUAAUUUUAAUUAUGUCUUUUCUGGGUUUGUACAUGACAGGUGAUUCACCAUUGUUGCCAUUGUUUUGGUUAAGUGCAUACAUUUCACAUUUUAUUAAUACACAUUUUUGUUAUGAUGAAUGAAUGAAAUAUGCUUGAACUUUUAAUUGUGUAUGAAAAAGGCAACCAUUUUGUUCUUCCUUGAAAAAAGCUAAUUAAAAC